AGGAGCCCAUGGCGGAAAAGCAGCUGGUGGAGGACGUAGAGCAGAAGGAGGAAGAGGCCACAGCAGAGCAGCUAGGGCUGCUCUUCCAGCGCACCUUCCUGGCCGGGAGGCGACUGGCCCUUCUCCCCUGGAAGGAUCUUGAACAGGCACUACAGAAUUCAAAAGAUUCCUCACUGUUGCUGGCCAUUUUGCAAAAGACUGUUCUUCAUCCACUGUGCCUGAAAUAUCCUCCCUCAGUGAAAUACCGGAGACAUUUUUUGUCAGAACUGAUAAAGAAGCAUGAAUGUACAGCAGCCGAGCCUCUGGAUCAGCUAUAUGAAGCACUGGGUGAUGUCUUAAACGCAGAAAAUUCUACAUGCUGUUACAGAAGCUAUAUCUUGCCCUCAGGAGAUGCUGUUACGGUCCGUGAAAAUGUGGCAAUAAUUUCACAAGGGACCACAGGCCUUGUCACGUGGGAUGGUGGUCUUUACCUGGCUGAAUGGGCACUGGAACACCCCUUAGUUUUCACAAACAGGAGCAUCUUGGAAUUAGGAAGUGGGAUAGGCCUGACGGGAAUCGCAAUCUGCAAAACCUGCCACCCCAGGACGUACACCUUCAGUGAUCACCAUCCGUGUGUUCUAGAAGAGCUGUCAGAGAAUAUCCGCUUGAAUGGCUUUUUUCUGCAGUCUGGACAUUACAACGUUGGCAGAUGUGCAAUGUUGGCAAAAUGCGCAGAUCACGAGGCAGAGUUGGCUGAAUUGCAGGGCCCCAGUGUAACUGUUGCGGAACUUGACUGGGACUCGGUUACAAAAGAACAACUUGCAGUAUUUCAAGCGGAUGUUAUCAUUGCUGCUGACGUGGUAUAUGAUCCAAACCUUACACUGUCUCUUGUUGCUGUAUUACGGAAACUACCAGUUUGCAACAAUGCUGGGAAUCUGCCAGAAAUCUACAUUGCCUCUACUUGUCGAAAUUCACAAACUUUCUGUCAUUUCCAAAGGGUGCUUGAGCACGUUGGGAUCAGAUGGGAAGCUGUCCCUGGGCCCCAGAAGAACUUUUUCCCUUAUGACCAGAAUACUAAGAUAAUGAUUCUGAAAUUGCUUCUUUAAAUUUUCCCCAAAAAUAUUUAUUGCAUAAUUGGAACCGUUUUAGUCAGCAAGAAACUUCAAUAAAUGAGAAGGGCAAUGUCUCACUGGCACAACAUGUUUGUUACAUUGCAAAAGGCACCAGGUUUUACAGGAUUCUUGGUGCCAGAGAUGGAAAAGACGCUUAUUGGGAUCCUCUGGAACUGACCUCCAGUCUACAUUGGCAGUACAGAGCUAAAUGGACCAAUGGUGCAACAGUAUAAAGCACCGUGCAAGACGAAUAUGUGAACCGCACUUUCUCAACGAGGAAAUUAAUCAUCUAAACCACGCACUUCAAGCAAAUGGCUACUCCAGAAAUGAAAUCAGAAGAGCGAGUAAACCAAGGACAAACCAAACAACUAAGGAAAAACAGUCUCACACAGGAAAAAUGUUUUUGCCAUAUAUCAAAGGAAUCACUGAUCAGAUGGGAAAGCUUAUGAAAAAGCACAGCCUACAAACAGUAUUCAGACCCACCAGAAAAAUACAACAGAUGCUACAUUCAACAAAAGACAGUAGAGACCCCCCUCACCUCUGCAGGAGUAUACCGUAUACCCUGCAGCUGUUGACAAGUUUACAUCGGGACCACAACGUGUAGCAUCCACACAAGAAUAAAAGAACCUGAAAGACACUGCAGACUUGGCCAUCCUGAAAAAUCAGCAGUGGCUGAACAUAGCCUAACUCAAACAGGACACAGUAUCCUAUUCCAGGACACUAGAAUACUUGACAACACUUCCAACUACUUUGUCAGAUUGCACAGGGAAGUCAUUGAAAUUCAUAAGCAUAAACACAAUUUCAAUAGGAAAGAAGAGACUUUAAGAAUGAAUAGAGCAUGGCUUCCAGCCCUGCAAAACACCAGGCUAACGAAAUACUCCACAUCCCACAAUAGCCCUGCAGAGAAGAUUAGCAUAUCAAGCACCAAUCCAUAUGCAAAAGAACCUCUACAGGAUACAGUGACGCCUCCCUCCAUUAGCAUUCCACAUCCUGGGAAACUCCUACAGGAUGUCUCAGCCCAAACCCACCCCUCCUGAGUAGAUACAAAUGACCUACAUCUUUUCCACACUGUGACACUGAGAGAUCUCUGUCUUUUGGUGCUACACCUCUGAAGAUGCCAGCCACAGCUGCUAGCGAAGGAACUACAAUGCCAAGACCAUGGGUAUACAGCCCGGAAAAUCCACAACAACCAAGUAUAAAGCAGCUUCAUAUGACUGAAGAUAAAAAUCAGAGAUUUUGAAGACUGGAAUAAAAACCUUACAUUCAUGCUUCAUGUGGAAUGAUAUCAUUUUCACUUCCACCAUUAAGCAUAUGUGCUUUUGUUCUAUUUUUUCUAUUUAGUGGAACAAAGGGGGAAAAGGCAAAUUAUGCAAAGGGAAGAGUUUUUAAUGAUUGUAUAACCCCUACGCGUUUCACAACAGCUUCGUCAGGGGAAUCUAUCAAGAAAUACAAAAUGUAUAGCCAUAAUGAAUACAUCAUCUUAAAAAUUGAUAAAACAUAUUAGUAAAACAUAUAAUUAAAACACAGUGCAAUUUCACAGAGCAUGUACAGAGUGCAAUUCAUAAUAAAUACUUAAUAUAUAGAUAACUGAACUAACAUUAGUAUACACUCCAUGUUUCCUAAUCACAAAAAAGAUUAUUUCUUUAAAUUGUGUAUAAAUAAACAUUACAAAUGUAAUGUUUAUAAAUAAAGUGUAUUUAUACACUUUAUAAAGUUUAUAAAGUGUAUAAAUAAACCUUCCACAUUCCUUUGAGUAUCAUUCUUGUAUAGCAGAGUAGACAUCCUGAGCUUGCCUAGGCUUCUGCCUAAAUAAAUGUUUGCCAAGAAAUGUUCUCAUUUCAUGCAUUAGGGUGCAGAGUUCUCAGUUUCAAAAUCCACUGAGCCUCCUUUCUCAACAGAACUUUAUCUUGUCUGUUACAUUUAAAUAUAACCCAAAAUAAAAAGUCUGUAGGUCUGUGUUUGUGCUCUAAAAAUGUUCUACCAGAGGAGCACCAAUUCUUUUCUGUGAAAUGUUACUUUUGUGUUCAGAGAGUCUUAUUUUAAGAGGUCUGCUAGUCUUGCCUACAUAGAUUUUACCACAACCACAUUAUACUGCAUAAGCCAUGUAAUCACUAUUCCAUGUAGUGAAUACUUUAAAGCAAUAUUGUCUGUUAUCUACAGGAUUAAUGAAGUAUUUCAUUGAUUUUGUAUUUUUACAAAAGGAACAAUGCCCACAGGGAAAAUGGUCAAUUGGAGGCCUAGAUCCUGGUCACACAGAUUGUAAAUUCUUUUUCUGAUUAGUGUUGCUGGGUACUAAGAGAUCUUUCACGCUAGCUGUUUUCUUGUAAUAACUGGGUCUUUUUACUACACAUAGGUAUGUCAUCUAGUAUGUUCUAGUUUCUGUAGAUGCUCUUUUUAAAGGCUACAUUUACAGAAUUAUAUUAGGCUACCUAUCAGCCUUCCGAGAUCACCUUUUUUCUUGCCCCUUAAUAGUUCACUUCUAUCUUUGGCGAUGACCUUGACAAGAGAUAUUUGCAAAACUUGCUGUGGGUAUCCUUUGUCAGGUUUUGCUGUAAUAUUGAAAUCUCAUUCUGAAAAUCCUCUAUCCUAGUACAAUUUCUCCUGAUUCUGAGAAAUUGACCAGAGUGUAAAUUAUUUCUCUCGUGUUGGGUGGUGGCUGUCAUAUCUGAGGAAAAAAUUGUCAGUUGGUUUUUUGUACAGAUUGGUGAAUAUUUGGUUGUUAUCCCUGAGAACUAUGAUAUCCAAAAAAUGUAUCUAUUUGUUACUUACAUGUAUUUCAAAUUUCAGAUUUGUAUCUCCACUAUCAAGCCAAUUGUGAAAUGUAUGUAAUUGGUCUAAGGUUCCAUAACACAAAAAUAUCAUCACUAUACCACCAUCGUUUUAUAUCUCUGAAAAGGAUUUCUAGUUAGCGGAACCAUGAGGAUUAGAAACUUGCUGGAAGAAAGGGAGGAAAAAAAUCUGAGAUGGUUAGGAUUAAAAAGUGAGACAGAGACUGGCAAGACUUUUGCUUUUGAAUGAUUCCAUCUUAACCCACUACUGCUGAACAUUUGCUUAAACACUUGAAGUCAUUUGCUUAUACUCCCAUAUGAGAAAGCUUUCCUUGGAAGAUUUUAUAGCAAAAUUGUCCGAGAUAAAUCGAAAGAAACAUCUUAGUAUUGCAGUCUCUGCUUAUGCACACCUGUAUACCGCACUCAGAUCUGAUAACACAACACAGCAUUUCAAACAAAAAGAUACAAAUCCUUCUUCCUUUCCCAGAUUCCAGAGGGGGUAAUCUGUUGCAGCAGGAACCACUAUGAGUCUUACAGUGCCUCAAAGGCCAACAGAUUUAUUGUGCCCUAAGCAUCUACAUUAUAGGAAACAAUACUUGGAAAUCUUUCACAAGUCAAAGAAAAUAGAAAUCUCAAUAUUGCUUUGAUAACUGACCUCAUACACACAAACCUUGUAAUAAUUUACUCCAAUAUUUUAAUGUUUUCUAUCCCACUCAUUCCAGAGGCACUCAAGGUGGCUUACAUACAAUGCAAACAGUAUUUCAAAAUUCUACAGCCUGGUAAAUAAGGACAUCUUUAGCUGAUUGCAGAAAAUCAGCUCCAAACACCACUGAAAAGCCCUGUCUUGUGUAGCCACUUUUAUUUCAGAUAACGGUGGCACACUUCGGCUAUUCAGGCAGUAUUGGGUUUGUUCUCAAAAUGUGUUCAAGAGAACCCUGAAUGUAGCCAGCGUCCCUCAAUGACCAGAAAUAUGACCAAUGACAUGGAACAUAUUCCAUACUUUAAUGAUACUGCUCAAUUGGCCAACUGGCCUUGAGCAAUGCCACCUCACAGGGUGUUUUGUUGUAGGGAUAAUAAUAGCAUUUGUGCUUGCAAAACUAAAUUCUGUUCCUUGUCCAGUUAUGCAAAGUUGAAUACAAAGGAUUCAGUAUUCUAAUAGACUUUGUGACUGUGCUCCUGGACUUUGGAGCAUUGUUUAUUGGAGUGUCCAGUAGCACCUUUAAGACUAACCAACUUUAUUGUAGCAUAAGCUUUCGAGAAUCACAGUUCUCUUCAUCAGAUGCAUGGCAAUUAUUCCAAUAAAGGUAUACAGUUUGAAAACCAAAUAGCUGCCUAGCACAAGAGAACAUUUCAACCACAACUGGUACUGGGUGGCUUGAGGCUUCCAUGUAAGUAUUUACUGGGAUCCCUUGGUUCUCCCCAGCACUUUCAGGAUGGCUUCUUUUACAUCCUUAUUUCUCAGGCUGUAUAUAAUGGGGUUCAGCAUGGGAUUUAUCACUGAAUAAAAGAGAGAAAUCAGCUUAUCCAUCUCAGUUGAAUAGCCAGACUGAGGCUUCAUGUAUGUGAACAUGCCACUCCCAUAGUAGAUGGUCACCACCGUGAUGUGGGCUGAGCAAGUAGAGAAAGCUUUCCGCUUUCCAUCUGCAGAGGAAAUUCGCAGUAUGGCCACAACAAUGCGCACAUAGGACAAGAGGAUCAAGACAAAGGGAAGAAGCAAAGUGAACACGCUGCCUGCAGCCAUUAUGGUCUCAUUCAGUGAAAGAUCUUCUCCAGGACAUGCCAGCUGAAACAGGACGGGGAUUUCACAAAACAAGUGAUCUAUGAUGAAGCCGCACAGUGACUGCUUUACUGUCAAGGUAGGGGUAACUGAGAACAGAAAGCUGCUAACCCAUGCUCCAAUAGCAAGGGAGACACAGAUGUUCUUGUUCAUCAUCGUUGUGUAGUGGAGAGGGUGGCAUAUGGCAAUGUACCGGUCAAAGGCCAUCACCAUGAGCAGGAGACAUUCUGCUGCCCCCAAGAAAAGGGUGAUGUA